AUGGGGGUUAUACCACGUUGAUGGUAAGUGGAUCUAUCCCAUCGACUGCAGUCAUGUCCCGUCUGGAUAGUCAGGACGUACACGAUGUACAGGUUGGGAUCAUUGGUUCAGGCAGUAUGGGAGCGGGGAUGACGCUGCUGUUUGCAGAGCAUGGCGCGACUGUGGGAUGCUACGAUACAGACAAGGAAGCGGUGAAGACGCUUUUAAGGCAAUCGGAAGAGGACAAAGUGGUAGAUGAAUCGAAAGUCUACGGAUUCACUUCGUUGGCAGGGUUGAUCCACGCUUUCCCUCGACAAGGGCAGAAUCAACCUCGUAUCCUUGUACUCAGUCUCCCCCAUGGCAGUCCAGCGGAUGGAAUCUUGGAUGAGUUGAAGGAUUUACUGGACAAAGGCGAUGUGAUCUUGGACUGCGGGAACGAGUGGUGGGCCGAUACGCAGAAGAGACAGGCGAAAUGUGAACGGCUGGGAAUCCAUUGGAUCGGCUCGGGAGUCAGUGGUGGAUACCAGGCCGCUCGACAUGGCCCUUCCAUGUCACCCGGAGGAAGCGAAGAAGCCUACGCCAUUGUGGAGCCAUACCUUAAACAGUGGGCCGCCAAGACGCCUUCUGGUGAGCCUUGUGUCGCAUACAUUGGUCCAGGUGGAUCAGGUCAUUAUGUCAAGAUGGUGCAUAACGGGAUCGAGCAUGCCCAUUUAUCCAUAUUGUGCGAGGUUCGAGCAUUGUUACAUGGUGUAUUGGAUUUGGACAACGACACCAUUGCCAAGAUGUUUGAAGAGUGGAAUGAGGAUGGACCGCUGCGUGGUAACUUCCUCGUGGGGAUAGGAUUCAAAGGGCUCAGAUUCAAGGAAGGUGAUGGGAUCAAGAAUGAACAAGGGAUAGUCGAGGAGAUUGAGGAUAAAGUCACUCAGGAUGCGGACAGGUCUGAAGGUACUGGAACCUGGUCGGCAAGAGAAGCCAUGAACCGACACGUCGCCUGCCCAGCCAUCGCCGCGGCACAUACCCUUCGAAUCAUUUCCGCCGACAAAUUCGAACGACUCGCCGUCGUGCAUAAUCUCUCGACCCCUCAACCUCAGAAGAAGCCAGUCAAAGAUGGCAAACUCGAUCCAGAGCUGGCCAAGGCAUUUCAUCAAGCAACUUACGGGGCUAUCCUUGGAGCGUUUGUCCAGGGUCUCGAGCUCAUCACGCGUACUUCGACGGAUGAAGAAUGGGGCGUGUCCCUGGCUACUUGUAUGAAGAUCUGGCGAGCGGGUUGCAUCAUUCAAUCGGACGCGAUCUGUGAUUUGCUCUUGCCUAUCCUUGAAAAGUUUGGCCCUUCUCAACCUCUCAACUUGCUCGAGUCGUGUCCUGAAAUCGCCUCCGAACUGGCCAAGACCUACGCCUCGUUGAAAAAGAUCGUCGCCCUGGGUGUCGAGACAGACGCAGUGAUUCCCGCCAUGUCGGCGACAUUGGAGUGGCUCAAAUCGGUAGGCGGGAAAAACCUACCUACGAAUUUCCAGGAAAUGGAACUGGAUUACUUUGGACAUCACAACUAUGACAUUGUUGGGAAGACUGAAAAAGGCCAUCAUAAAGGUCGAUACCAUACCGAGUUUAAGAGCACUUGAGAGAUGACAGAAGCGUGCCCGAGGGUGGGGGGG